AUGGGCUCCAAGCUGUGGCUGCUCACAGACAAAUAUAUCUUGGGGGAAUACCAUCAGACGAAGAUCUUGGAAGCUCUAAAGCAACGCUGCAGGGACCAAGAUGUGGAUUUCACGUUGGUUUUAAUGGAUCAGAUAGCUCUCACCGUCAUUGAUGGAGAGUUAGGUUUGCAAAUUAACAAGAAGAUUGUGACUACGUACCCUCAGGUGAUAGUGGUCCGAGUCCCAACUCCAACCGUGCAAUCGGACAGUGGUAUAACAGUUCUGAGACAUCUUGAAAAGCUUGGGUGUCGUCUAGUAAAUCGCCCACAAGCCAUUCUAAACUGCAUUAAUAAGUUCUGGACUUUUCAGGAACUGGCCGGGCAUGGUAUUCCUUUGCCUGAUACUUACUCCUAUGGCGGCCAUGAUGAGUUUGCAAAAAUGAUAGAUGCAGCAGAACCACUUGGAUAUCCUGUCGUUGUGAAAAACACUCGAGGACAUCAAGGUAAAGCAGUGUUUCUCGCCAGAGACAAACAUCACUUAUUAGACAUAUCGCAUUUAAUGCGUCACGAUACGCCCUACCUGUUCCAGAAGUAUGUUAAGGAAUCUCAUGGAAAAGAUAUCCGCGUGGUUGUGGUCGGGGGCUGCAUUAUUGGCUCCAUGUUGCGCUGCUCUGCUGAUGGAAGAAUGCAAAGCAACUGCUAUUUAGGAGGAGUGGGUGUCAAAUGCUCUCUGAACGAGCAAGGAAGGCUGCUCGCUUUGCAAGUGUCUGAAAUUCUAGGCAUGGAUGUGUGUGGCAUCGACCUGCUUCUGAAAGAUAACGGAUCUUUUGUGGUUUGUGAAGCUAAUGCGAAUGUUGCUUUCGCUGAAUUUGACCCGGCGUGUCAAUUAGAUCUGGGCAGCAUUAUAGCAGAUUAUGCUUUAUCUCUCCUCCCCAGCAGGCUUUCAAAAGAGAUUCCUCUGCUAGAUGUGUUGCCCAUGUCGCGGGAAACGGAUGAGACCAACAUGCAAGCCUCUUCCACCAUCCGCUCCUCGAAUGAUGCUUCAAGUUGUUGCAAUAGUGUUUCCGAUGGAGAAGAAAUCAGGGAUUCUAUAAACGUGCCAAAGCCAUGCUCCCCGGUAUUGUCCGAUUGCAUUUAUGACGUUGACAAGUAGACUACCUCUUUAUUUUUUUGGUAUGCGUUAAUGCAAUUGUCAGCCACAAUUAUCCCUGAGACACUAUUGGGGCUACACACACACACACACGAUUGAUUGUUUGUUAAUUAAUGUGUUCACAGCCUCUUUAGUGUUGAAAGGCCACACUAAUGCUGCUUCCUUGUAUGUGAUUUGAAACAAUACUCCAUAUAGAAGUCAAUUUCCUUUUUCAGAUUUUAAAAAGAACAAAACAAAGUAAUCAGACCCAAUUGUAUUUGAAAAUCAUGGCAGAAAAGAAAACAUCUAAGU